CCUCCUCCUCCUCCUCCUCCUAACUCCUCAGAUGCUCGCUGCCCGUCUCACCACCUGUUAGUGCAGACUCUUCGUCCACUUGUUUCUACAGGAAUCUCCUCCACUCCCACAAUCAAAGACUCUAUGACGGUGCAGAGAGGAAAGAAGCUCAGCAUCUCCAUCCAGGAACACAUGGCCAUAGACGUCUGCCCCGGGCCCAUCAGACCCAUCAGGCAGAUCUCUGCCUACUUCCCCCGCCUCUCCCCCACCUCUCCCACCCGCCCCCUCUCUCCCAACCCCUCCUCCUCGCCGGUGGCCCUCAGCCCCCCCUCGGCGUCCGCCGCGGGCGGGGCGCACCUGCUGUCGCCACUGAGGGCCCACAGCAGGUGGGGCGGGGCGGGCUCCUGCUCUCAGAACAGCAGCAUGGACACGUCGGUGGAGAUCAACAGCGACGACAGUGACGACUGCACGGCUCUGGGGACGCUGGAGUUCGAGCUGAAAUACGACCAGAGCUGCAGCGAGCUGCACUGCACCGUGCUGAGGGCCAAGGGUCUGAAGCCGAUGGACUUCAACGGACUAGCCGAUCCCUACGUGAAGCUGCACCUGCUACCAGGAGCCAGUAAGGCCAACAAGCUGAAGACGAAGACGAUACGGAAUUCCCUGAAUCCGGUCUGGAAUGAGACGCUCACCUACUACGGCAUCACGGAGGAGGACAUGCAUAGGAAGACGCUGCGGUUGACCGUCUGCGAUGAGGACAAGUUGACUCAUAACGAGCUGAUCGGAGAGUCCCGGGUUCCACUGAAACGGGUCAAACCCAACCAGCCCAAACACUUCCACACCUGUCUGGAGCAUCCGCCACCGCUGCCGUCCCCCAGCGCCAUGGGUGAAGCCCUCAGAGGGAUCUCCUGCUACCUGAGAGAGUGGGAGAACGAGCAGCUGCACAGCCUGGAGGAGAGAGGACGUCUGCUGCUGUCCCUCCAGUUCCUGCCCCCCAUCCAUCCAGAGGACGCCGAUGGAGGAGACGGAGGCCGGCAUGGCGGCCUCUGUGUGGGCGUGAGGCGCUGUGCUCACCUGGCAGCCAUGGAUGUCAACGGGUUCUCAGACCCCUACGUCAAAAUAUACCUGAAGCCCGACAUUGAGAAGAAAUCAAAGCACAAAACAGCCGUGAUGAAGAAGACCCUGAACCCUGAGUUUAACGAGGACUUCUUCUAUGAGAUCUCUCUAUCAGAGCUGACCCAGAAGACCCUGGAGGUGACAGUGUGGGACUACGAUCUGGGACGCUCCAAUGACUUCAUCGGUGGCGUCUGCCUGAGCUGCCGCUCCCAGGGAGACGCCCUCCGCCACUGGAUGGACUGCCUGAAGAACAAGGGUCGGCGGGUGGAGCGCUGGCACAUUCUGACCAAUGAGCUGCCGCGGAGCUUCAGCCACGACUAACGGCUCGCCGCCGCCGCCUCGUGGUCGCUGUCAGGAUUUCCAUGUUUCACACAGAUCUUCUCAUUGUGGGACAGGAAGACGUUUAGAGAGGCGUAGCCUGCGGAGAGAAGCCGGUGCCUUCAUCUCUCAUCACCUGGAGGAGUUUGAUCGCGCCUCCUCCUCCUCCUCUCCGAUAGGAGCACAGAAGCCCACCUCAGCAUGUUUACAGGCUGCGCAGCAGCAGGGCUGCUUCUCUGCAUCGCCUCUCUUGUGUUUUCCUACAGUUUGCAUCCAGACGUUGUGGAUUUUCUGCGUAUGAAGCUGCAUGAAGUCGAUCAGUGUUGUUAAUGUUUCUAAUAAGACUCGCCUUACGGAGCCUCUUUAGUGCCGCAGCACAGUCUCCUUUCCUACUAAUGGACCGAUGAACAACCAGAACCAUCUAAAGGAAUGACGUCUGAAGGAGGAGAAAAAGAUGAAAGCAGAAAAUCUGUUCAUUAUAAAAUUAUUAUUUGAUUAGUAAAAUAAUAAAGGGAACAAAGUAAGUAUAAAGGGGGGAAUUAAAUCACCUGACCCAGAAGAGCUGCGGUGGAUCAUGAUGUCAGCAGAACUCCCUGUCUGGUUCUAUAAAGUGUAGCUGAAUCUAGAACCAAACCCACCAGAGCCGC